CUCUAAAAGCAAUAAAAACAUAAAAUGUUUAUUAAAAUAUAAAAUAUUUAUUUAAAAAGAUCAAUUUCACCGCCACUUGUGCACAUGUCCUCAUCUCAGCUGUAUCCUCAUCAGCCUCACUUUAUUGAUAAUUCACUUCUCCAGAUUCUUCAACUGUGUCCCUCUGUUGGAUCCUUUCCUUUGUCAUACCCAGUUGUCAUACUGAGGUACAAAGAAAUGUUUGUUGAAUAUAACAGAGUGAUUAAGAAUUUGGACCCUAGAAUUAGAACCCUGAGUUUAAGUUCUAUUUGGGCUUACCUAGAACAAUUUAGUUAGCAUCUCUUUCCUGAUAUGCAAAAUGUAUUAAAUUAUGCCUGUGUCAUAGGGUUGUUUUUAGACUUUUACAUAGAAAACACAGCAUAAUGUCUUACAAUUCCAGGACGAGGACAAAAAUGAUUCGGAAAGAUUUAAUCAUAGAGUUAUGUUUGAAGUAGAGAAUUUGAAAAAAGAUUACAAAAGACUAGAGAAAUAGGGAUUGGGCAAUACCAUUCAUUUUAGUAGAUAGAAGUACAUGUAGCAUAUUGAUUAUAUUUGGAUUCUGGAUUAUUAGUACUUGAUAAAUUAUUUUUUUAUUCUAUUUUAAAGGAAGACAAGUAUUUUUUCCUUCUAAAGGGGGAGUAAGUCAAAUUGAGUAUAACUGGUACUCAAAAAUGUUUUAUUAUAAUGUUGAUGAGAUGCUGUAGGAACUUAGUUCGUGUUUAUAUCAGUUAGCCUAUGGUAAAGUUGAUUUCCUUAAAUGUUUCCCUUAAAGUCGCAGAACCUAUUGAUGGUGUAAAUGAGGACUUUACUGUUAGUGGAGUAAUUUUUUUAAGGACUACCAAAAAUUGGAUAAUUAAUUUUAAUCUAAUUCUUAAGAAGUAAGCAUUAUAUGGUUAAUGGGAGAGGAAAAACAGAAUGGGUGACAGUGUUUUCCCUAAAUGUUAGAUAAAAAUCACAAAGAAUAGAAUUUAAAAUUUCAUUUGUGCUAGUUCUUGCAAUAAUCAUACUCUAACUCCCCCCACCCCCACCCCAUUCUCUGUCUCUUACAGGUUCUUUGGCAUGGACACAGGUUCAGUGGGAGGAUUAGACUUGACUGAACAGACUCCUGUGUUAUUAGGGAGUAAAGCCAUGGCAGCUAGUCUCACAGAUGUAGGAAAUUCACUUGAUCAUCCAGUUAGUCCUUUAGUUAAUAGAUAUAGAAACUCAUUGGUGGAAGAUGAUGAUGAUGAUGAUGAUGUUGUGUUUAUUGAAUCUAUACAACCUCCUUCAACUUCUUCAAUAAUAGCUGAUCAAAGAAAUUUUAUAUUUGCUUCAUCAAGAAAUGAAAAGCUACAAGGAAAUGAUUCCAUAAUUCCUUCCUCAAGAGAUUUGGUUUCUCAGAAGGGAAAUAUAAGUGAGACUAUUGUUAUUGAUGAUGAAGAGGACAUAGAAACAAAUGGAGGGAAAAAGAAAAAUUCUUUCAGUUUUAUUGAAUGGGGACUUCCAGGAACUAAAAACAGAACCAAAGAUGUGGAUUUCUCCACUUCCAGUCUUUCAAGAAGAAAGACCAAGACUGGAGUAGGACCUUUUAAUCCUGGUAGAAUGAAUGUGACAGGAGAUGAAUUUCAGAACGGAGGAUUUGCAACUCAUCAUAGUCCUGAUUCCUGGAUCUCCCAGUCAGCAUCAUUUCCGCGUAAUCAAAAACAGCCAGGGGUAAAUUCUUUAUCACCAGUGGCCUCGCUUCCUAAACAGAUUUGCCAGCCUUCAGCCCAACAGCAGCUUACUAAACCAGCUAAAAUCACUUGUGCAUACUGCAAAAAACCUUUACAGAAGGGACAGACAGCUUAUCAACGAAAAGGAUCUGCUCACCUCUUUUGUUCUACCACCUGCCUUUCCUCCUUCUCUCAUAGGUGUACUCCAAAAAAACGCAAUGUAACAUGUAAAAAGGAUGCGCCUACAAAAAGGGCUACUUUUGUUCCUCAAGUGCAGUCGAGCCAGCCCUUCCAGGAAUUCUGUAGUACCUACUGUGUAUCUCCUUACGAAGAUAACCAGAGUCUCAGAAAAAGAAUUUCGAAUAAAUCAAGAUGUACAAUCUGUAGUAAACUAACAGAGAUUCGUCAUGAAGUCAGCGUUAAUAAUGUGACACAUAAACUGUGCAGUAACCAUUGCUUUAACAAGUACAGGUUGGCUAAUGGUCUGAUAAUGAAUUGCUGUGAACAGUGUGGAGAGUACCUGCCGAGCAGAGGUUCUGGAAACAGUGUCCUGGUGAUUGAUGGCCAGCAGAUGAGAUUCUGCUGCCAAAGUUGUGUUAACGAAUAUAAACAGAUGCUGGAAACAAAAUCAAAAAAAAUAUCCACAUCAGAAAACAGAAAAAGGAAUGCUGUUAGAGAAGAAAAUGAAAGAAAACUAUAUGGAUCAUUGAAUACACUUUUAGAAAAAAGAGAGAGAAUACCAGAAAAAAAGGAAAAGACAUCAGAGCCACAAGUAUCAGCAGAGUGCAGCACAGAUGCAUCACUGACCAGACAGGAUGUAAAUUUGUCUGCUUCUGUAUCCACCGUAGCUGAUACAUUUCAUGAGCAACUGGAAGAGAAAAAGUCAGAAGAUGCCACUCAACCAGUUGUACUUUCUGCAGAUCCAGGCACAUGGCCCCGAAUUUUAAAUAUUAAACAACGGGACAUUCUUGUUGAAAAUGAUCCACCUCAAGUAAGAAAUUUUAACUUUCCAAAAGAUAAUACAGGGAGGAAGUUUUCAGAAACUUAUUAUACACGAAUUCUUCCAAAUGGUGAAAAAACCACUAGAUCCUGGUUACUUUAUUCAACCUCAAAAGAUUCUGUGUUUUGUCUAUAUUGCAAACUCUUUGGGGAAGGAAAAAAUCAACUGAAGAAUGAGAAUGGGUGCAAAGAUUGGCAGCAUUUAUCACACAUUCUUAGCAAACAUGAAGAAAGUGAAAUGCACAUCAACAAUAGUGUUAAGUAUUCAAAAUUAAAAUCUGAUGUGAAAAAAAGCAAAACUGUUGAAUCUGUAGAACACAGAAUACAUGAGAAUGAGAACAGUGAGGAUGUGCUGUUGCUGUACACAUGAUAUACCUGUCAGGAUCUUAUGUUAACUCAGAAGAAAUCUGUACCUAAUAGUCAAUACCAUUGUGUUGUGAGGCUUCUACACAGAGUAACUCAACAGUCCAUUUGCAAUGAGCAUAAUAGCAAAUAGUAAAAAAUGUUUCUUUUACAAAUUCUAAAGCUAGUUGGAUUCAAUAGGGAUUAAUACAGGUUUCAAUAAAGGUAGUUGUUAAUUUUUUCAGUUUAUCAAUGCACAUUUUUUUAAAAUGGCAUUUGAACCCUAGCUGGUUUGGCUCAAUGGUUAA